AUGUCAUCUAAAAAAGAUGCCAUUGAAGCCGGCCAGACAGCGCCUGAUCUGGAGAUUGUCGGAGACCAGGUGACACUUCACCCUUCCGGAUUCACAGGCGGCUCCGACAGCCAAGAAAACAAUGGCAUCACCGAGCGAAAUCUGGUGCGACACAUGGCACGAUUCCGCGAAAAUCCGUUUGAUUUCUUGCGCGAAGUCAGUUUGUUCGUUUCAGGGACAGGAUGGCGUGCAUACGACUCGGUGAUAGGUCAGCCGAUAUACUACCCAGGCUAUUCGGACAAUAUCAAGCGUUUGAUCGUGGAGAGUCCUUUGCUUCGAAACAAAGUGACAGAAUUGGCGGAGGCUAGGCUUCAGGUUGAACAAUCGGAAGGGCUGUAUGGCGACACACCAGACGCGGUGGGGAAAGCGAGAGCGCGCCGGAAAACCGAGAUUGUACAAAGCUUGCGAGAUGUCGUGGAGAGUAUGAUGGAUAAUAUGAUUUGCAAAAUGGAUAGCAAUGCAUUUAUCCGUAGCGCAUACUAUAUUGCCACCCAGCUCCUGACCCGAGCGUACCACCAGGGUAUACACGUGUCUAGUGAGGAAGUUCUCCGGUUACGGUCCGUUGCACAAGCUGCAGCGGAAAAGAAACAAUCAAUUGUAUUUUUACCCAAUCAUAAAUCGCACGUCGACUACGUUUCUUUGCAAGUGAUCUGCUACCGACUUGGGAUAGCACUGCCAAUUGUGGUAGCUGGAGAUAAUCUCAACAUUCCCGUUGUCGGGCCGUUUCUGCAGCAUGCAGGUGCCAUGUGGAUUCGCCGCAGUUUUGGCGAUGAUCAAUUGUAUUCCACAUUAGUGCAGACGUACAUCGAUGUCUUGCUACAGCAAGGUCACAAUUUUGAGUGCUUCAUUGAAGGGGGCCGGUCACGUACAGGGAAAUUGCUUUCCCCCAAGUUCGGCAUCCUGAAUUUCAUCCUGGACAGUCUGUUGUCCGGCCGUGUCAAGGAUACCAUUAUAUGUCCUGUAAGCACACAAUAUGACAAAGUGAUUGAAACAGAAUCCUAUAUCAGCGAGCUCCUAGGCCAGCCCAAGCAAAAAGAGAAUUUGGCCAACUUUCUCUCACAGUCUUCUGUUCUAUCAUUGAAGCUUGGGCGAGUUGACGUCCGCUUUCACGAACCAUGGAGCCUUAAAGAGUUUCUUGUACAACAAUUACAACGCAUUCAAGUUACCCAAGCUUUGGGUUCUAACAUUACAUUAAGCUACUCUGAACGAGGACGCGUUCUACGCGCCUUGGGCUAUAGAGUUCUGUCAGACAUCAAUGAUGUUUCCGUGAUGAUGCCUACGGCAUUGGUUGGCACGGUCUUAUUAACCCUCCGAGGACGAGGUGUUGGUAAAGCGGAAUUGGUCCGCCGUGUAGAAUGGCUCAGUGAACGAGUUCGCGCAAAGGGGGGUCGUGUGGCACACUUUUACCGUGCUCCCACCUCUCAAGUCGUUGAUCGUGCAUUGGAAGUUCUAGGCCCCAAGCUGGUUGGUGAAGUCACUGGUCUUGCAGAACCGACCUAUUAUGCUGUGGACCGAUUCCAACUCUCGUUCUAUCGCAAUAUGACGAUCCACUUGUUUAUACCCGAAGCUCUGGUUUCCGCUGCAAUGUAUACAAAGGUGAAGCAAGGGGGUGGUCCGGCGAAUCAGGAUAUUACAUAUGAGGCUCUACUCGACCAGGUCACUUUCCUUUCUCAACUCUUCCGAGGCGAGUUCAUUUUCCCGCCAGAAGGUCUGAUAGCAAAUCUAGAAAAAUCUCUCUCUGGACUUGAAAAAGACGAUGUCAUCAAGAUAACCAGGAAUGCGGCUGGUACUCCUACAGCAGUCGGUCUCAGUGAUGCUGAGCGACAAUGUGGAAGAGAGAACUUUGAUUUCUACUGCUUUUUAAUCUGGCCAUUCAUCGAAGCUACAUGGCUCGGUGCUGUUUCAUUAAUGGGUCUCACGCCGCCACUGAAUGGGCCGUCUGACAUUUGGGUGGGUUUGAACAAAGCUCAGGAUAGUGCACAACUACUUGGGAAAACACUCUACCAUCAAGGCGACCUCUCCUAUUUCGAAGCUGUGAACAAGGAGUCGUUGAAAAAUGCCUAUCAAAGAUUUGCAGAGGAAGGAAUGAUUCUAAUUGCGCGAAGCAAGGAUCAACCCAAAACCCCUGCCACAAUGAGGCUUGCUCCAGAGUGGACGCCACAACGCGAUCCGGAGACAGGGAGGCUGUCUGAUCGUGGUAGACUGUGGGAUUUCACAGAGAAGAUUGCUCAAUCAAGGCGCGAAGGUAAAAACCGUCGAGAUGGAGCAACGGUCUCCUCCCGUGUACUCAUCAUGACCGACACCGUGGGCCGACAACUAUUCCAAAGUGCAGCCCGAGCUGCCGAGACAGAAGUCAAUGUCUCAACACGCAAAGCCCGAAGAACCGCAAUUGCGGAGAGGGCAAAUUUGUAAAACAGUCGAGAUGACAAAGUGGGCGGAAGUCGUGUUAUAUAUGCAAGAUUUUCCCAUUGUCUGUUCCCGUCGCUAUUUGUGAAACGCCGCCAGCUUACGAUUGGCUAUUAUUGUUGCGAAUACCCUUAGUUUACUUAUUUUUGUACGUAUUAUUAUCGAUGUUGGCACUUGUGCUGAAGCCCAGCUCGUAUUUAAUUACUCAGUCUAUCUACUUGAUUAGGGUGCAAUGGAGCAUUGGGUGUUUCGCCAACAGUCUUGACUCUUGACAUUCAGUCAGACUCCAGACAAGCUGAAAUAUCAUUCUUAUCGUCGA